AUGUCUAAGAGAGAACAAGGUGACCGAAAUGAAAGAAAGCUGUUGGAUGCGAAUGAUUAUGAGAAUUUAAUAAGUCAACAUAGUGCGUUUGAAUCGUCGAGAUCUAAAAGCCAAGAGUUACCCAGUUUUCCCGGAUUUACUAAUGCUGAAACACAAACGAAAUCUAGCGAUAUUAAAGAACAGGCAGUUAAUUCAAGUUUGGGAGCAUGGCAUUACAAUCCUUGGUGGAUGCUUGCCAGUACCUCACGUAAUUUGCCUUCACAAGAUGACUUUUCGGAGAGCAGUGAUCAAACAAAAAUAAAACAAGAGCGCACUGGAGCUGGUACCCCAGAUAGAGAUCCAUUGCAAACUGAUUUAGAAGCUUUUCACACAGAGACAGUGACACCUCCAGUGGGGUUAGAUUCUUUCUGUGAUGAUUGUUCUGAUCCAUUUUGUGACUCAAGUACAGGAAUCUGCCGCAAACUAUUUCAUUGUCCACACUGCAGAAAGAGUUAUCCCACCAUUUUAGAAUUUAAUACACAUCUUACAGGAGUACAUCCAGCUCAAAAACCUUUUCGAUGUCAGAUAUGUUUGGAGCCAUUCCACAAAAAAUCACAUUUACGUAGACAUUUCGAUUCAAACCAUACCAGAAAAGAUGUUAAUAAGUGUUCAGUGUGCUCUAAAUACAUUAAGGACAAAAGUAAUUUACGCAAACAUAUGCAAGUUCACACAGGCAGAGUACCUCAGAAACAGUUCAAAUGUGAUCUAUGCAAUAACAAGCGUUACAUGUCAUUAGACCGACUUAAUAAUCACAAGGUGGUAUGUACAGGUGAAAAAGUAUUGAAAUACUGUGACAUGUGCACUAAAGUUUUUGAUAAUUCAAGAUCUCUGAACAGUCACAAGAAAGUACAUGCUAGAGAAUUGAAAUGUGAGAAUUGUGGGGAACAGUUACGUUCCUUGGAGCAAUUUACAAAUCAUAAAAUGAUUUGUCAGGGAACAACAUCAGAAGCAAGUAGUAGCCACAACAUGCAAAUAAACACGAGUGGACCGUCCAUGAACAGAUGCUGCACACAGCCAGGUCUAUGUGAACAUGACAAGCCGGCCUAUCUGAAUAUACCUGGUUAUGCAGCAAGCAGAGUACUUGAUGCUACUCUUUCUUCUUUAAAAUCAGAACUGAACUAA